AUGACUCCACUGUGUUCAGGGGUGUUUCGGGAGCUGCUCCUGGUAUCAGCAGCUGUUCACUCAAUGGUAGGACUGGUAACAUCCAGCAGGAAACAAAGUGAAGUUCAGACAACAGAGAAGGAGACGGAGCGUUCUUCUACUAUCAGGAACAUUGGCAUCAAAUACCUCAAAAUAAAAUGCAUGGAAUCUGGCGGCUGUUUGGGAUACGAAUUCAAUAGAGAAAACUUCUAUCCUUCGAGAUCUCAACAGCAGAAACGAGAUCAGAAGAGAAAAUCUGGAGACAACAAACUCCAUGAAGCCUGCAGGCAGGGUGAUCUUAGCCGAGUGCAACACAUCUUAACUGAAGGUCAUGUUGACCUCAACAGUAGAGAGAAGAAGCACGGGAUGACACCAUUGAUGUUGGCAGCAACUGAGGGACAUAGAGACGUGUUUGACUUAGUCACGAGUAAAGGAGGCAAUGUUUUACUCGUGGAUACACAUGGUGAUAACAUCCUACAUUUGGCCUGUCUUAGAGGACAUGUGGAGAUGGUGAAGUACAUCCUCUCACAGAAGAUUCUUGAUAUCAACAGUCGAGGGUUAUACGGGAGGACACCAUUGAUGUUUGCAGCAACUGAGGGACAUAGAGACGUGUUUGAUUCAGUCAUGAGUAAAGGGGGCAAUGCUUCACUUGUGGAUACACAUGGUGAUAACAUCCUACAUUUGGCCUGCCUUAGAGGACAAGUGGAGAUGGUGAAGUACAUCCUCUCACAGAACAUUUUGGACAUCAACAGUCGAGGGCAGCACGGGAGGACACCCUUGAUGUUUGCAGCAACUGAGGGACAUAGAGACGUGUUUGACUUAGUCAUGAGUAAAGGAGGUGAUGUGUCGGCAUUUGAUGGUAAUGGUAAUAACAUCCUACAUUUAGCCUGUGUUGGAGGAAAUGUGGAGAUAGUAAAGUACAUCCUCUCUCAGAACAUUGCGGACAUCAACAGUAAAAGAACAAAUGGAUGGACACCAUUGAUGGUGGCCGCAGCUGAGGGACAUAAAGACGUGUUUGACUUGCUUGUUAGUGAAGGAGGUGAUGUGUCUGCAGUUGAUGGUAAUGGUUCCACGAUCCUGCACGUGGCCUCUUUCCGUGGCCAUGUGGAAAUGGUGAAACAUAUUCUUUCUCAAGAUAGUGUGGAUAUUCACGCCAAGGACAAGUAUGGGUACACAUCAGCGAUGAUAGCAAAACGUAGAAAACACAUGAAAGUGUAUGACCUCAUAACUUCAAAGGGCUGA